AUGGGAAUGACAGAAAACAACAACGCCAACUACUAUACAGGCAACGCCCAACCACCACCACCCGCUUAUCAGGGUGGAGCACCUGCCGGUCAAACUUACUAUCAACCACCACCUCCUCAAACUGAGUACGCACCCCCACCACCUACUAACAAUCAACCAGCUAGUAUGGGCCAACGAUUUACACAAUUCUAUGCUCCACCCAAAAACAGAAAGCUAGGCAUGAAGAGGCGACUCUGCUCAUUCAUCUGCUGUUGUAUCCUGAUCGGAUUGAUCGUUGGUUUAGCUGUCGGUUUAACACAAAGAAGCUAUUACAGCUACAAUAGCAGUUGUAACUGUCGAACCAAUUCAGACUGCACCGUUCGAUAUGGACCAAGCACUUACUGUUACUCUGGCUGUCAAUGUGCUAGAAGAUAA